AUGAGUAUCUCUCAUUUGCCAACAACAAUUGGUUAUAUAUCAAUUUCAGGCACAAUGACGUUAAUUGGCUUCGUUAGUAAUAUUUUCUCAUUAGCAGCAUUAUGUCAAUCAGCAAUUCGACGUACAACAAUUGUUUGGUUUAUUAUUUUAACAACCAUUACGAGUCAAUUGAGCUUAACUUUUUUAUUAGCACACGUUCUCUAUAUUAUUCUUAAUCAAUAUUCUCUUCUUAAUCAUCAUACUUUAUUAAAUUUAAUUUUGUGUAAAUUAUGUUCAUAUUUAUCAAGAACAUUUACCUACAUUAGUAAAUGGUCCAUUUGUUUUGUUUCAGUUAGCCGUGCACAAAAUACAAAACAAAUAAGAAUAAGAAAUUUAAAUAAGCAUGGUGUUCCAUUCGAUAAGUAUGAUAAGCAAAAACUCAUGUUGUAUGUUCUAACAAUCUUCUUAGUGGCAGCAAGUGCCGUCAUAGAUAUUUUAUUGCAUCGUAUAACCAACGACACACAAAAUACUAAUCAACUUAUUUGUAUUACCGAAUAUUCAUCAUUAUCUUCUGUAUGGAAAACAGUUGAUACUCUUUCUAUAUUUACUAAUCAUAUCGUUCCGGUUCUGUUAAAUGUUUAUGCAAGCGGAAUUAUUCUUACAAUAGCUGCACGAAGUAAAUCAAAUGUUAGUCAUGAAUCAUUCAUUUCAUCAUUAUGGUUUCAAAUAAAAUUACGUUAUGAGCAAUUACUAUGUCCAUUAUUAAUGAUAUUAUGUUCAUUACCCCAAUUAUUAGCUGGUUUUAUCCUCAGUUGUGAUACAUGGAAUAUUGUUUGGUUAAAACAUUUUAUUAUUUCGCUUUAUUAUUUUGCCUAUAUACCGCAACUACUCACGUUCUUCUUAUUUAUUCAACCAUCACGUAUUUAUAAACAAGCAUUUAAACAAUCCCAAAUAGGAAAACUCUUUUUUAAAUAA